AUGCCCAACCCUUUCGAUCUCAAAUUCGAAUCUUGUUUUUGUGCGACUGGUGCCACCCCCUCCACGUCCGCCGUCACGCUGCUCACACCCACGCGCUCCGCUCCCCAGCCCUCCACUCCGCCCAGGCCCCAAGCCCGGCCCCCCAGUGGGGGGGCCGCGGCGGGCAGGCGUGCGGCAGGUAAGGAGGGUGAGCGCGUGGUGGUGUACGAGGCGAGGGACGCCAUGCGCAUCGCCACUGUCACCCCCGCCCGCUCCCUGCAGAACCGCUUCGGAGUGUUUCGGCACAGCGAGUGGGUGGGGCAGCCGCUGGGGUUGCGCGUGCGGGCGGCCAAGAGAGGCGGCUUCCUGCCCCUGCUCGCCCCCUCGCCUGCCCUGUGGACCAAGGUGCUGCCCCACCGCACGCAGAUCCUCUACCUGCCUGACAUCGCGCUUAUCAUCGCGCUCAUCAUCACGCGCCUCGCCGUGACGCCCGGCGUCACCGUGCUGGAGAGCGGCACCGGCACCGGCAGCCUCUUGCACUCCCUCGCCCGCGCCGUGGCGCCCACCGGCCGCCUGUUCUCCUUCGACUUCCACCAUGGCUGCGCCGAGCAGGCGAGGGCGGAGUUAGAAGCCAACGGCAUAGCGGGCGUGGCAAUCGUGGCGGUGAGGGACAUCCAGGGCGACGGCUUUCCCCCCCACCUGCACGCCACCGCGCACGCCAUCUUCCUCGACCUGCCCUGCCCCUGGCGAGCCCUGCCCUCCGCCGCCAGCUGCCUGAUAGCGGGCGGGCGUGCGUGCUCUUUCUCGCCGUGCAUGGAGCAGGUGCAGCGCUGCUCCCAAGCCAUGCGCGCCCACGGCCUCACCGCCGCCAGGGGAGGGGGGAAUGAGAGAGCCAGCGAGGGCGAGGGGGGCCAGCGGAGUGACGGGCGAGCAGCAAAGCGGCGCCGCGAGGAGGGGGGUGGUGGCGAGGAGGGUGGGAUGGAGCAGAUCACAGCGACGAGGGCGGAGGGGGGGCGAGAGGACGGUGAUGCAAGGGGAGAGGCAGGGGCAGCGGGCAGAGGGAGGAGGGAGGCGGGCAGGCGGCAGAGGGGGGUGGCGGAGAGUGUGGGCGAGGAGAGGAGGUACGUGGCAGCGAGGCCCGUGGCGGACAGCAAGGGGCACACGGGGUACCUCACCUUCGCCACCAAGCCCGUGUGA